AGGGUGCCCGUGUCUAAUUUUUCAUUUUGUGUUGAACAAUGGAGAGAUUGGCAUGUUCAAUGUAUAAUGGCACAUACAGUAGUUGUUAUGACAUUUGUUGUGUGCGUAACCGCAAUGAGUUCAAUAAAUACGGGAGAACAUUAA